AUGGGGUUUAAUGGGUAUGUUAUGGGUGCUGUACGUACAGAUGCUAAAGGGGCUAGUGGUUCACCAUUGGCCAGAAGGAUUGCAUUCUACGCCGAUGAUUUGCAUUGCUAUAAAAAUUUGGAGGCUAUGCGAACGCAAUAUGAUAUUGCCGAAAAGGUAUAUAAUGAUUUGUCGGCAAUCUCGUCGCGAUUAGCUGAAUCCAACGCUUCACCAGAAGUUAAAGAAGCAAAGCAAAGGGAAUGCGACGAACAUAUGAAGAGGGUUGAUAGGAUGCUACGUGAUCUCCGAGAAUAUGCCCAUCUAAAGAAUAUGCUUAAUAAAUACCGUAUCAUUAUGGAUGAAUUUAGAACACAGAAUCCGAAUGUGCAAAGGUUAUCUGAGCUUGCUGAUGGUAUAUCGAAUCUGGAAGACAAAUUAAAAGGUAAUAAAGAGUUGGCGGAAAACAUGAUGACAUCUGAUGUUUUGAAAUAUUACUCAAGAAAUAUACGACUGGCUGAGGAGUUCGUUCGAAGACAUAAGGUGGCAGUGCCACCUAAAUCCAAGCAACCUGCCACACUCACGUUGAAUGGCAAUACGCCCUCACCAGAGGCAACCAGCCAGCAAGAAUAUACGGCUGUAAAAACGCCUCCAAGUGGAUUGAUGGCUGAGCAGACAGACCAAAGCAUUGCUAGCAACUUACGUGAUACAAUGAAUGAUAAAAAUUCAUCAGGGUAUCUGGCGAUGGGAAUAAGGGUUAUUCAAACAAUGACGGCAUUAAGUAUGAUCGCAGUUCUAUAA